AGGAUCCUUCUUCUCACACUGUGGCACCUUGUUAGAAAUAAUCCACAUAUGAUGAAAUUACAAUGGAAUCCAGUCGCUGCAAAAAGGGUUCCAGCCAGGCGGCAUGUCACUGCAUAUGCUGGAAAUUUAGCAACGUCAAUCCAUCUAUAAGGACAAAGAACUGCCCUGACCUUUACCCCAUGGCCAUUCAUGGCAUUGACUCAGGGAGGAAGAAUAUAGUGUUACUACCGAUGGAGGAUGGGCAUUCCCAUGUGUAUGAGCUUUUACUGAAGAUAAAUAUUCUGAAAGAUAUACUGUAUUUGGUGGGGUGGAUGAUAAAGGGAAUAGUGCAUUGCAUCUUGCUGCUAUGUUUACUGGUUGUUGUCUUCGCUCUCUCCUUAUGCUGCAUAUGGGAAAUCAAGUGGUAUAAGUACCAGACUAUAAAACAUAUUUUCUCACAUGAACACGAAGAUCUGGUGCAAAAGGGUGGACAAUGGCUGGCUAGGAAAGCCAAUUCAUGCCUGGUGGUGGCUACUCUCAUUGCAACUGUUGCCUUCACCACAUCAGCAGCUGUACCAGGAGGCACCAAGAAAACAGCACUUCAUAUCUUUGCAAUUGCUCUUUGAUUUUC